GACACAAAAUAAAAUAGAAAGAAGAAGAAGAAUUAACACAAGUCUGAAGCAACAAAGCAAAAGAGCCUUUUCGUAGUCGUAACCAAAACGCCAAAUCAUUACCGUCGUUGGUUCAACUGAAAUCUAACAGAGAGAGAGAGAGAGGCAGAGCCCUUUUUUCUUCGGAUCCCUUUGAUUUAGAGAGAUAUGGAGAAAGGGGUUGGAUUUGAGAAAGAGAAUACGCAGACAAACAAGACAGUGAGUGAUGGCUUUGUCGGAGGUUUUUUCCCUGUCUCUACCACCAAGAUCGCUUGGAAAUCAAGAAAAAGAUCAGCAUCGGUGAACUCAGACAAGGCAACGGAGACUUUUCUGGAGGUCACACCAGAGAAGAACGAGAUUACAGCAAUGGACACCGAGAAAGUUGGGGAACCUAUGACCACUACUCCUCUUCUGUCCGAGAAAAGAAAAGCUCUCUUUGAGCCACUUGAACCCAUUACAAACCUUAACGGAAAGCGACCAACAGCCGCUGAUUCCUUGUUGCCACCUCCGGAUUUCGAGACUGCCAACUACCCUAAAGGCUGGUUGAUCGGUAAGAAGAGGAAACUUGUGAAUGUUGAUGUUGUUGAGAGCAUGCGAAGAAUCGCUGUCCAAGAAAUGAACAGAAAGGUAAGUCAACCCAUACAUAAUGCAGGUUUUUUGCUCAUGUUUUGUGGUUGGUGUGGAAUUUUUUUAUUUUAUUUUGGGUAUGUGACAGGAUCGAGAGAUAGAUGGGUUAAACGAGCAGCUAGAAGAGGAUUCACGGUGCUUAGAGCAUCUGCAACUUCAGCUGCUACAAGAGAGAAGCAAGAGAACAGAGAUUGAAAGAGAGAACACAAUGUUAAAAGAGCAAGUCGAUAUGCUUGUCAACAUGAUACAACAAGAUGAAGAAGGAGCUGAAGAACCCUAAGCUAGUUUUAAUCAAACUUAUGUGCCACCCUAUAAUAGGUCUGUUCUGUUUGUUUAUUCUUUUGUAGAUUCGUCUCCUCCAUAAGAAGAAAGAAGGAAAAGUAGCUUUAGCACCAUUUAUUAUUUGGUUAAGCUACUGUUGUUCCCACCUGUUUGAACAAAAACAAUCAUGUACAUUAAAGUUCUCAGUUCUCCUGCAAGAUCUUAACCUGGUAUUUCGAUUGAA